CAGACUUCGUAUUCAUUUGCAAGUAAACGAUUCUACAUGGCGUUCUAACCUUCCCUCGGAUUUAUUUAUCAUCAAUUUUAUGAUACUUCAUUUGCAUUAGUUCGAAGAAUUCGGUAUGAGUGCUACUUUAAGUUCAAAGGCUGAGCACUAUUUUUAUAGUAUAAACUCUUUGGCCCGAAGAAUAGGGGAAGAUAUUACAGCAACAAAGGAAGCCUACGAGGGUUUAUGGAACACUUUAAGCACAGCAGAACGUAAUCAAGCAAUCAAUGAAACCAUUAUUCAGCCAGAAGUAGCAUUGAAGUAUACUUUGAAGAAAGUUGAAUUUACUAAAGAGUUGCCAGAAUGGUAUCCAAAGUUACGCAUUCAGACUGGCAUGAAAUAUGUAAUUGACGAGACCGGUUCAACAUUACGAUGGAGGGAUGAACAUUCAGCUCCAUUUUCAUUUAUGACUCAAUCUCAAAUGAAUCUGAGUAUAAUAGAUUCUACCGAAGAUGCAAAGUUUAAGUUAGUAAGGGCUCAAUUUGGAGACUCACCACAUUUCUCGAGCCCAUCAAAAUCACAGAGAAACAAUACAAACUCAAUUAACGAUACUUAUGCUUCACAUCCAGUUAGUUGCUUUCAGACUGAUUGUUACACAAAUAGUAUUUAUGAGGAUGAACAGUGCAGUAGCUUAUUGAAAAGCAGUGGUGACAGUGAUCAUUCUGAAAGUAUAUUUGCUAAAUUAAUGAACAAAACUGCGUUAUUGAAGUUACAAAAUAGUAUAGAUGAUGAUAUGGAGAGUUUAGUCAGGGAGAGGGACUCAGACACUGAUAAGAGUCAGUCAAAUACAUUAGUUGUAAUGUCACGCACAAAAUCCAGUGAUAUUAAUGAGUCGACAGCAUUGUUAGAGACACCUAGUUCUUACAGCAGCUUCCAAUCUUCUCAACUUAAUCAGGACGAUGAGGAAAGAGCUAUACCAAAGACUGGUUUUGAAUUUCUUGAUAACUGGUAG